UUUCAAUGCAAGAUAUCCCUUGCAUAAAUUAUGUUCAUGACGUAGGGCAAAAGGCCAGAUUUGUUGUAAUAUUGGUGGUAUUUUCCAUUGGUCUUUACAGCAGAAGUCGAUUUUAGAUGGUGUCUUGAGGAAUAUAGGUCAUCUGAAUUGUAGUACCGAAGGGACCGUCAUUAAAUAUUAAGAAAGAAAGGAUCUUCACGUUGCCAACCCUCCUUAUCAAUGCAAAUGCCUCUUGUGUGCAGCCAUAGCGCCUAUCUGGAGCGGUGAUAUGCAUUUUUUAUUAUAUGUGACUAAAACAAACUGUGGCAAAGAUUUUUAAAAGAGGAGAACCUCAGAAAAUAAGACACAUUUACGCUUCUUUCUCCUUUCUUAGAAUGUCAAGACAGUGACUGCUUGGUGGUGAGAUUACUGAACCAUGGACCUUCAGGAUCUCCCUGCUGCUGACACACCCCUCACUGUCAAUGAACAGGUGAUAGUGAUGUCUGGUCAUGAGACGAUCCGUGUUCUGGAAGUGGAGGUAGAUCAAGCCUCUCUUCCAUCCUCAAUGCCUGAUGGGAGGACUGAUUCGGGGGGUGAGGAUGUGAGUAAUCAGGCUAAGCAACCUGAGGCAGGAACACAGGACAGCCCGCCAGCACCCCACAACACUGGGGGAGUAGGUGAGCCCUUUGUAGGAUACCGAUACGUGCUGGGGGACCAGGUGGUGGCUGUCGAUUCUGCAGCCUCUGCUGUCCAGACUCUUGCUCAGACUGCAGUUCCCAUCAGUGUCUCCCUGUCGCAACCACAGGCCACCAUGCCCAUCACUGUGCAGAGCUUGCAGGGCUGUCAACAGGUCCUGACCCAGGAUGGUCUGGCCACUCUGAUGACAGGGAUGAUGGCCCAGACAGGCUCCCUGGGCCAGCCCCUGCUCAUCCCCCUCAGCAUGGCAGGGUCCAUGGGGGGCCAAGGCCUGGCUGUCCUCACCUUCCCCACCAGCAACGUAGCCACACUCCCUGGCCUUUCAGCUGCCAGCCAGUCCGGAGGCCUCCUCAAACUACCCUUUGCCGGCUUGCAAGGCUUACAAGGCUUGCAAACAGCCACUGUGCUAAACCCUGUCCAGACCCAGCAGGCGGUUUUCCAGUCUCAGACAGCAUCACUACAGCAGGUCCAGGCAGCUAUGCAGCAGGCUCAGCAGAACACGCAGGUGGCUGCAGCACAACUGACCCAGGCCAUGCCGUCCGCCUCUCAGCCCAGUGUGUCUGUGUCAACACUCCAGUCUGCAGGCCUCUCCAUCAACCCUGCCAUUAACAAUAUGUUCUGGAUGCCUCCGUUUCUCUCCUCUCAGAUCAGUGCUGCGUCUCUAGGGGCUCAGCCUCAGUUCAUCAGCUCCCUCACUUCCACUCCCAUCAUCACCAGUGCCAUGUCUGGAAUCACCAGCCAGAUCAUCACCAACGCACAGGGACAGGUGAUUGGAACCAUCCCCCUGAUGCUGAACCCUGCCUCACUGACAGGAGGGGCUGCUACUCAGGCUCUGAAUCUCCAGGGCUUUCAAGGCCUGCAGGUUCAGACAGUCCAGCCACAGCUGGUUCUGAACAACCAGGGCCAGAUCAUUGCUACCAUAGGAAAUGGACCUGCUACAGUCCCCACUUCUGCUGCUGUUAUUCCCAAGCAUAAUGUUCCUGUGCCAUUCUCGAAGCCCAGCACCCAGGCUCAGGUAACAACUGUUACGCAAUCACCUGUGGUCAUCGCCCCACAACCAUUUGCAAUGAAGACAGUCACUCCAAUCUCCUCCUCAGUCCCGAUCACCUGUGGAGACACACCCACCGUGGGCCAGCUCGUCAGCAAGCCACAGCAAGGGUGCACAGAUGAAGAGGGCAUUAAUCUGGAAGAGAUUCGAGAGUUUGCCAAGAACUUCAAGAUCCGCCGGCUGUCCCUGGGGCUGACGCAGACACAAGUGGGACAGGCCCUCACGGCUACAGAGGGCCCGGCCUACAGCCAGUCUGCCAUCUGCAGGUUUGAGAAGCUGGACAUUACACCCAAGAGUGCUCAGAAACUGAAGCCCGUGCUGGAGCGGUGGCUGGCCGAAGCAGAACUAUGGAACCAAAAGGGUCAGCAGAAUUUGAUGGAAUUUGUGGGUGGUGAGCCGUCCAAGAAACGCAAGCGUCGCACCAGCUUCACCCCGCAGGCCAUCGAAGUGCUCAACACCUACUUUGAGAAGAAUGCCCUGCCAACGGGCCAGGAGAUUACGGAAAUCGCUAAGGAGCUCAACUACGACCGUGAGGUUGUCCGUGUAUGGUUCUGCAACAGGCGGCAGACACUGAAAAACACCAGCAAGAUCAAUGUGUUUCAAGUUCAGCCUUAAGCCUGUGCAGUAAGCGGCCCUUGACUAGUAGGAAACUUGGAAGGACAGCAUAAUCAGCUCAAGAAAAACGUUUUGUAAAGACCGUAACACAGUCAACCUUAGUAAGUAAAAAAUUAUAUGGACUUUGGGAAGGAAAAGGACACUGAAUGACACUUGAACUGAGUCUUACUAUAUGGACAUCGAAAACUCAGUUAUCUCCUUUUGUUUUGAUGUGUGGGGGAGUGAAAGAAAGACAUUGCAUGUGAAACGUGAUUGGGUUAAUGUUCACAGACCCUCUAUUGUCAGUUUGACAACCUCUUGUUUCAUUUAUUGAUAUAUCAUGCCAUUUGAUAGAAUUUUGAUACACCUGGUUUUAUACACUUACCAUACAGUUUUGUAAGUGGCUGUCUAUGAAUUUUAUAGCAAUGGCCUCGAAAGAUAUUGGCUUACAGUUGUACAACAUCCAAUCAAGCUGUUCUGAUAUUAUGCGGGUGCCACCAAAAAUAUAGGUUUGGAACUGGUACGUACAAUAUUUGUGCGUCUAACUUUCUCACUCAUCAUUAUUCACGAUUCAUUCAGGAUUAUCCGUAAUCAUGGUAGAAGU